AUGAGGAUACCGAAUCAGAUAAUCGAAGCACCGGAUUGGGAUGAUGGCUUUGGAGGCAGCGAGAAUGAUUUCGGGAAAUCUAUGCGUCAGAGGUUGCUCCAUUGGGGUCCGCUAACUGCCAUCGGCAUAACAUUGAUUAUUGGUAUCGCCACAACGUAUCUGCAUCUGCUCUGGUGGCCGCCAACAACAUUUGCUGCAUUUCUUCACCUUUCAUUUUUCUUAUUCUUCAACUAUCUCAGCCUGGUG